CAAUGUACCUCCAGCCUGCGGAACUCACUGCCGUAUGGUGUCAUGGAGGCCAAGAGCUUAGUGAGGUUCCACCAAGGACCUGUUUCUCCUGAGUGAGACUGUCCAGAACUACAGGAGAGGGGCUAACGCAGCAGCUGGGAUCUGAGCCCCUUGCCCCUGGGUCUGACGGGGUCAGGGAGAAACAGCUCCCGGGGCGGGUGGUUCUGGAAUGGCCCCUCGCAGGGGCUCUCUGGAGCAGCUGGGAGUGGCCCCAUGGCAGACAGGCCAUGGGUUGGGCUGGGCAUGGGUGCGACGUCCGUGCCCAUUGGGGAUGGAGUCUGGGAAGGCGCAUGGCACAGACGCCACUGCCGAUAAACCAGUCAGGUCAGUUUGCAGGCAAGGGACUGGGGUAAGAGAGGGGAGCGCAUGUGCUGCACCCAGCCCCAGGCAGCCCCACGGCGUCAGUGGGAGCGCUGGGCACGUGAGGAACAUGGGGGGUAGCACCCCCAGUGAACUGUGGGGACUGCCUGGGGAGCUGGGCACCCGAGGUUGCAGACGGACCCUGAUGCUGGGCUGGGGCUUCCCAGGCCUCCCCAGGACACACAAGUCCUUCCUUGUGGGUUUAUUCCUCUCGUGGGCUGCUCCUCCAGCCCCCAUCAGUGGGGAACCAGUGAGCCUGCCCCAGCGUUUGGCACGAAAGGCCAAUGGCUCAGGGAAAACCAGGAGCCUUUCCCAGCCAGCUCUGCCCACAGCUCGGGUGCCCAUCCUGGGAACCAGGGUGCGGCUGAAAUCCAGAGGGGGCUGGGGACACUCGAUGCACCCAGAUGGGGGUGGGAGAACCAGUUCAUUUGAGGAGGGGCCUCUGCUCGCGCUGUGCGUGGAGGGCCAGCCCCACGGCGGCUGGGGCAUUUCACCCAUCAUUGCGCCCUGAUCCCCCUGAGGCAAUGCCGCCCACGGCUCUGGCAUCACACCGGGACCAAGCUGCACCCACAGCCUGCUUGGCAGGUUCCCUUAAUUCCACCCACUGAUGUGGCAGCAGCAAGAUUUCAACAUCCCCCAGCUUCCGUGGCUGCCUCCUCCUGGCCUGAGGUGGGGACCGGCCCAGCAUGAGCCAGCUGCACAUGCAGGGUCCCUCACCAUGCCUGGGGCUCAGCACUGGACUCCCCAGCUCUGCAUGCUCCUGACACCCCAAGUAUCCCUCCCCACGGAUCUGCGAUAGCACCAGCCGCAACGGGGGGCAGUUGGCUGGGGACAGCUGGGUUCAUGACGCAGACGCUGGGCUGCAGCUGAGCUGAGCUGGGUUCUGUGUCAAUCUGUCUGGGCCUCAGUUUCCCCAUCUCUGUUGGGAUCUGCACAGCCCCCAGCAUAACAGGGCCCUGAUCUCAGGGGGGGUCUGGGCAGCACCCGGCACAAUGGGGCCCUGAUCUCGGGCGGGGUUUGGGCAGCAUGCGGCAUGACGGGGUCUCAGGUCUCUAUCUGAGGAUUCCUGCAUUGGGGUUUCCAGACUGACCCAAUUCCUGCCCAUACAUCACUCAGUUCAUGAGCUCUCCCCAGCCCUCUCGUCCGGGACUGGGUGUUGCCCCUUCCUGGAAGCCGCCAUGUGUCAGCCGAAUUUGCAUGUUACAUCAGCGCUGUCCUCUACCAGGCCCAUUGUUCCAGGUGUAACCGUCACUCCCUGUGCGGCAGGGCCCAUAAGUAGCUGUGGAGCUGCUAGGCUGGUGCGACGGCACUUUCCAGAGCUCACAGGAACUUGUGGACUGCAGCAAAGCCACAGGAGGAGGAGAGCCAGCUGGAGACAGUGUGUGGGCUGGAGAGCGCUGCCGGAACACCGUUGUAGGCUGGGCUCAGGGGACGGGCUGAGGAUGGAGCCGGAUUCGCAUUCGGUCGUAGACCCCAACAUGGAGGAGCUGUUCAGCCUUUUCUUGGAUGAAGAUAGUGACCCAGAUGUCGGGGGCGGGAAUAUGAGCGUGACGCUCCAUGAAGACAACCUGGAGAUUCUGACGUUACCCACCCCUGGCUUGCGGCCGACCAAACAGCCAUUCCAUUACCAGAUCCGCGACACCAGCCACAAGGCCUUCUACCUGCGGGACAACAGCCUGGUGGCCGCGAACCUGCAGGGCGAAAACGCCAGCCAGGAAGAAAAGGUCAGCGUGGUCCCCAACAGAAGGCUGGAGCGCAAGAGGUGUCCCCUGAUCCUGGGCAUCAAAGGCGGAAGCCAGGGCCUGUCUUGUGGAACAGCCGAGCAGCCCCGGCUGCAGCUGGAGGACAUGCACCUCAUCGAGCUCUUCUACAAGGAUGAGGAGGCCAAGCGCUUCACCUUCUUCAAGACCUACAACGGCAGCACGCAUCGCUUCGAGGCUGCUGCCUACCCGGGCUGGUUCCUCUGCACCUCAGCCCAGGACAACGAGCCCAUCAGCUUCACCUCCCACCCAGGGGAAGCUGCCAUCACCGACUUCUACUUCCAGCCCAAAUAGCCACAGGGCGGGAGCCAGAUGCUGCUUCAGCCCUGCCCUCCCGGUGGCUAGCCAUGGUGGAGGGCUUAGAGCUACCCACUGUGACGGGUUGGAUCACAGAAACCCCCUUGGGAACUGCCAACUGAUGUGCCGAGACCACUCCUGCCCUUGCUUUCCUGCCCUGGCAGCCUAGGACUCCAGCACCU